AUGUCUGCUGCUGUUGAUACCAUCACUGACAGCGUGGCUGCCACCAGCCUCAACGACGCCCCCGCCACGAACGGCGCGGCUGCUGCGGCUGCUGAUGCUGCGGCUGCCAGCGCGGAUGAGGGCCGUCGUCUGUACAUCGGAAACCUCGCCUACGCGACCACCGAGGAGGAGCUCAAGGAGUUCUUCAAGGACUAUACCAUCGAGACCACCUCGAUCCCGGUGAACCCCCGCACCAACCGCCCCGUUGGCUACGCAUUUGUAGACCUCGCCACUGCGGCGGAGGCUACUGCUGCCAUCGAGGGACUCUCCGGUAAGGAGAUCCUCCAGCGCAAGGUGUCGGUUCAGCUAGCCCGCAAACCCGAGCCAGCCGAGGCCAAGGAGGGGGCUACCAGCGGCGGUGAGGGUGCCAGCGGUAAUGAGGGUCGCAAACGCACCGGUGGCCGAGGCCGGGGUCGUGGCCGUGCUCGUGGCCGUGGCGGCCGUGGCGCUCGUGGUCAAGCUGGUCAGGAAGGUCCGGAAGGCGCUGACGGUGCUGUCGACGUCCCUGCUGAGACCGCCGAGGGCGAGGCUGCUGGCACGGAAGGAGCCAAGAAGGAGGGCAAGCCCCGUGUGGCGCGCCCCCAGAAGCAGCGUGGUCCUCCGGAGGAUGGUAUCCCGUCCAAGACCAAGGUCAUGGUUGCUAACCUGCCCUACGACCUGACUGAGGACAAGCUCAAGGAGAUCUUCGCCGAAUACUCGCCCGUGUCGGCCAAGGUUGCCCUGCGUCCCAUCCCGCGCUUCAUGAUCAAGAAGCUGCAGGCCCGCAACGAGCGCCGUAAGACUCGUGGCUUCGGUUUUGUCAACCUUUCCUCCGAGGCGCUGCAGGAGAAGUGCGUUGCCGAGAUGAACGGCAAGGAUAUCGACGGCCGUGUGAUUGCCGUCAAGGUGGCCAUUGACAGCCCCGGCAAGGAGGACGAUGUCAACGAGGCAGCCGACAAGUACGAGGAAGCAAACGCGCCGGCUGACGAGAACGCUGCUCCUGCCGUCGCCCCCGUUGAGGCCUAA